AUGUCUACUUGUCGAGAUUUGCUGGAAGAGCCUACUUUAGUGACUCGAAUAAAGGGAUCUGAAUCGCGUUUCAAAGUACGCGACUUACUUGCAUUGAAUGAUCCAUCAAAAGCAUACUUGCUGCCUUUGGCAGUAGUAGGUUUAAUCGAUCUUAAUGCUUUCUUUGCUCAAGUUGAACAAAUCAGAUUAGGCUUAUCCGUCGACGAUCCUAUAGUUUGUGUUCAGUGGCAAUCAUUAAUUGCUGUAUCAUACGCGGCCAGGAAAUAUGGAAUUCAUAGAAUGGAUUCAGUCAAGACUGCAAAGGAGAAGUGUCCUAAUGUCAUUUUAGCUCAUGCUGCCGUGUUCAAGCAUGGUGAAUCACACUGGAAAUAUAUUCCAAAAGUACCUUAUCAAGCCUUCUAUAAAGUGUCAUUAGAUCCAUAUAGACGUGAAAGUAGGAAAAUCAUUCAAUUAAUCCAACAACAUUGUGAUAUAGUUGAAAAGGCUAGUGUGGAUGAAGCCUAUAUGGAUUUUGGUAGAUUAGUAUUCAAAGAAGUAAUGCUGCUUUUCCCGGACAUACUAAAUUCUAACGAUCCAAAUGCUACUUUGCCUCCAAUUCCAAAGGAGUUGCCUUCAAAGCUUUCAUAUAUUGGCGAAGUAAUACUAACAAAUGAAGAAGAAAAGAAAAUCAGAGACGAAGGAGCACUACCUCAAUCUCCUGAACCUCCAGCAUUAGAAGUAGAAGUAAAUGAUUGGGAUGAUAUUUUAAUGAUGAUAGGCUCUCGUUUAUUGCAUGAUGUGAGAAUGUCAAUCUAUAAAGAAAUGGGGUAUACUACUUCAGCUGGUUUAGGUAGAAACAAAUUAAUAGCUAAAGUUGCAGCGGGAUUUAAAAAACCAGAUAAUCAAACUAUUAUUCGAAAUUCACUGAUUAAUAAUUUCUUCAGGAAUUUUCAAUUGGUUGACUUUACAGGAAUGGGAGGUAAAAUUGGUGAAUCUAUGGUUCAAAGACUUGGGGUACCUCCUGAUAAGAAUUCCACAAGUUACAUACGUGAGAAUUUUACGUUAGAAGCCAUAGAAGAUGAAAUUCGAGAAGAUUUACCAUUAGCCAAAAAGGUAUAUGAAAUAGUCAGAGGAAAUCACCAACAGGAAUUAACCAACAAACUUGAAACUAAAUCAAUGAUGUCUAGAAAGAACUUUUUGGUAAACCAUCCAGUGACUACAUUAGGGGCUGCAUAUGGAUGGUUGAGAGUUUAUGCUGGUGAUUUGUAUAAUAGAAUGAUAGAGUUAGAUGACCAAAAUUUAAAUUUAUCAAUGCUGCAAGUAUCAGAAAGAGAUAAAGGAAUAGUUAGCAGACCUCGAACAUUAAUGAUGCAUAUUGAGACCACUUCAAGAAGCAAGUUUACUAAAAGAUGUGGAAUCUCUGUAUUCAGAUCAUUGGAGAAAUGUAAAGAACAACUCGAAACUAUAAGUAUCAAGCUUCUCAAGGAAUUACUAGAAGCCAAUACCAAUAUAGCCGCUCUAAACAAUGACAAAUCUUUGAAGACUUUAGAAGCAGCUUCUGUGAAUCCAGAGAACAUAAAUAUCAUUUCCAUUUCUGCUAUGUCGAUAACGAUAUCAAAUUUUAUGAAAACAACAGAUGCCAGCUUAAUAGAUACGUAUGGUGGUCUGAAAAUAGAUCAUCUGGAAGAUCUCAAAAGAGAAUUUCGAGAAAUCAGUGAAGAAUUGGAAUUUAAGAAACGAAUGGAAGAACAAGAGGUAAAACUGACUACAAGGGAAGUAUCAGAGGUUGACAAGUUGUAUAUAAAGCAGCUUUUUAAAGAUUUUAAUAGUAACGAGAUCAAUCAAGUUGAAAAACAUAUCGCUAAUAGUAUAAAUGAUUCAAAACGAGAAUCAGAAUCUAAGAAGACUGAGACCAAGAAAGCAGAUCCCGACUAUAUAAAGAAGCUCUUUCAAGAUUUCAAUGCCGAGAGACAUGCCUUUGGUACCAGAGAUCUAGAUACAACUGAAUCCUUGUCGAAGGAAUGUUCACCAUUUCCUAAGAUAGAUACUAGUACAUCCCGAAAGACAAAAAGACCAACAAAUGAUAUAUUCCUGUCUUUGAAAAAGAAGAAAACAGAAAAGGGCAACGAUCAAGAAGACUUGUUAAAGGAACUUAUAGAGACGAUGUAUUGCAAAUCAUGUAACACUGAAAUAGUGGAUGCCAUGGAGCAUAAUGAUUUUCAUGUCGCCAUGAAAUUAUCAAGCAAGAUCAAUGCACCAUAA